GAAUGAUUGCCUUCUAAAACAGUGACAUAGCAGCCCCAUUAAAUGAGCGAAUGAACGGUGGAGGAAUCUCAAAACUAAAGCAAUAAUGGGUUUGUUUACUUCACUUGUUUGGCUUCCAUUUCUCCUUCUUCCCCUAUUGCUACUCUUGAAGAAGAAGACCGAUCAAGUUAACAAAGAACCCAAGAAUCUCCCUCCGAGCCCACCCAAGCUGCCGGUUAUAGGUAACCUGCACCAGCUCGGUGCACUACCGCACAAAUCUCUGUGCCAACUUGCUCUCAAAUAUGGUCCAAUCAUGCUCCUUCAUCUCGGUCGCAUGCCGGUGUUAAUCGUUUCAUCGGCCGAUGCUGCCAAGGAAGUGUUGAAGGUCAAUGAUCUCGCUUGUUGUAGUAGGCCUAAGUUGGCUGGUCCGGGGAGGCUUACGUACAAUUAUUUAGACAUAGCAUUCUCUCCGUACAGUGAGUAUUGGAGAGAACUGCGGAAAAUAUGUGUUCUUGAGGUUUUCAGUGUGAAGAGAGUGAAGUCUUUUCGGUUCGUAAGAGAAGAAGAGGUCGGAUCGUUGAUGGAUUCGAUCUCUCAGUUGGCAUCGUCCUCGCCGACUGAUCCCGUGAAUGUGACGGAGAAGGUAUUUGCUUUAUCCGGAAGCAUAAUAUUUAGAACAGCUUUCGGCAAGACCUUCCGUGGAAGCGAGUUCAAUCGUGCUAAGUUCAACGAUUUGGUGCACGAUGUCGCGACCGUGGUCGGAACUUUCUCCUACGACGAAUGCUUUCCGGGGUUCGGUUGGAUUAUAGAUAGGAUAAGAGGUCAUAAUGGAAGAGUGGAGGGAGUUUUCCGUAAGUUGGAUGCUUUGUAUCAACAGCUUAUCGAUGAUCAUCUUAAACCUGGAAGGGCAAAGCAUGAAGAUGACAUUAUUGACGUGAUGCUUGGAAUUGAAAAGGAACAAAUUGAGGAACAUGGUCAUCGUGCUUGGCUCACUAAAAAUCAUAUCAAGGCAGUUCUCCUGAACAUGUUUUUGGGCGGCAUAGAGACCAGUGCGCUAACUGUAAUCUGGGCAAUGGCGGAGCUAUUGAGAAAACCAACCUUGAUGAAGAAAGCACAAGACGAAGUCCGAGGCAUCGUGGGGAAGAAAGGAAGAGUUGAAGAAACUGAUCUGGAUCAGCUUCAAUACCACAAGAUGAUUAUAAAAGAAACUCUAAGAUUGCAUCCUCCGGCGCCACUGCUGAUCACCAGAGAAGCCAUUUCACACUUCAAACUCAACAAUUACGACAUUGAUACCGGUACACUUAUCCAAAUCAAUGUUUGGGGUAUUGCAAGGGACUCAAAUUACUGGAGAAACCCAGAAGAGUUCUGUCCAGAAAGGUUUAUCGAUAACACUACGGAUUUCAAAGGACAAAACUUUGAGUUGUUGCCAUUUGGAGGUGGAAGAAGAGUGUGUCCAGGGAUAUACAUGGGAACCGUCACAUCGGAGCUUUUCCUCGCAAAUCUCUUGUAUUGUUUCGAUUGGUGUUUGCCUGAUGGAAUGACAGAGGCAGACAUUAACAUGGAAGAGCAAGAUGGUCAGUGCGUUACCCUUGCCAAAAAAACACCUCUUCUCCUUGUGCCACUGCCAAGUCUCUUGACCUAAACUCCAUUGCUUAUCUAAUAGGAAUGUAUGUUAUAAACUAAGGCCAUGUUUGGAUGAAUAAUAUUCCACUGCAAACUGGGUGAGCUCGUUAAAUAAGAGCGAUCGGAGACCCAAUUAUGUUGUAUCUACAAAUAAUAAUGUAUUAUCUUCGUAGCUAUUGUAUCGUUAUAAAUGUAAUACAUAUGUUGAUAAGUCUAUAAAUUAAGUAUUUGUAUUUUUGUUUA